CUCCUCCUCCUCCUCCAGUUGUAUUCGGAAUACGCAUCGCGCUCUGUGCGUCUACAGGUUGAGGAGCGCUCUAGAAACGCAAAGGAUUGGUUCCAAACAAACGCAACAGGUUAUAAGUGCGUUUAUGAAUCCGAGAGCGUUCUCGAGUGGGCGACAUGUGGGAACAAAAUAACUAGUUACACCGGCGAUAACGUUUCAGUCAUCACCUAUUUGGAUUGGCUCAUUUAUAUUGGUGUGAAACUCUGCGCGAAAGUUCAUCAUGGUUUCGUUGCUGGAUUUAAGCGCUCUUGUUCUGUUGCUCGUUUGGGGAUAUUGCGUCCUGGCAGACACGGUCUUCACAAACUUUACUCUGGACAACGAGGUCCACUCUAGCUUCAUCCACCGGCGCUUGAAGAGCCAGGAGCGCCGGGAGAUGCAGCGGGAGAUCCUGUCAAUCCUCGGGUUACCGCACCGGCCACGGCCGCACCUCCACGGCAAGCACAACGCCGCGCCGAUGUUCAUGCUGGAUCUGUACAAUGCCAUGUCCACUGAGGGAGACGAGGAGGGCUUCUCGUACCCGUACAAGCCCGUUUUCACCACUCAGGGACCGCCAAUAGCGACUCUUCAGGACAACAACUUUCUGAACGACGCGGACAUGGUCAUGAGUUUUGUUAAUCUAGUUGAACACGAUAAGGAGUUUUUGCCCGUGAGGCGCCAUCACAGAGAAUUCCGAUUUGACCUGUCUAAGAUUCCGGAGGGUGAAGCGGUGACUGCUGCAGAAUUCCGCAUCUACAAGGACUUCAUUCAAGAACGCUUUGACAAUGAAACCUUCCGCAUCAGCGUCUACCAGGUGCUGGAAGAACAUUCAGACAGGGAUUCAGAUUUGUUCCUGCUGGACUCGCGGGUGAUCUGGGCAGCAGAAGAGGGCUGGCUGGUGUUUGACAUCACAGCCACCAGUAACCACUGGGUGCUGAACCCGGGCAGGAAUCUGGGCCUGCAGCUGGCUUUGGAAAGUUUGGAUGGUCAGAGCGUGAACCCAUGGGUGGCGGGGCUGGUGGGCCGCAGCGGCCCCCAGAGCAAACAACCCUUCAUGGUGGCCUUCUUCAAAGCCACGGAGGUCCACAUCCGCAGCAUCCGCUCCGCACAGGGCGGCAACAAGCAGCGCAAUCCCAACCGCUCCAAAACCGCCAAGGGCCAGGAGGCGCUGCGUGUAGCCAAUAUCGCAGAGAACAGCAGUGCGGAUCAGAAGCAGGCCUGUAAGAAACACGAGUUGUACGUUAGUUUUCGAGACCUUGGAUGGCAGGAUUGGAUUAUAGCUCCUGAAGGAUACGCUGCAUAUUACUGUAUGGGAGAAUGCGCCUUUCCUCUCAAUUCCUACAUGAACGCCACAAACCAUGCCAUCGUACAGACUCUGGUUCACUUCAUCAACCCCGAAACGGUUCCAAAGCCAUGUUGCGCCCCUACACAACUCCACGCCAUCUCCGUCCUGUAUUUCGACGACAGCUCCAAUGUCAUUCUGAAGAAAUACCGCAACAUGGUGGUCAGAGCGUGUGGCUGCCACUAGAGUCCUAUCACACACACACACACACACACACAUAUAGACACACAACUGACUGCUCCUCAUGUGCUUACAAAAAAGAGCACCCAGAAGUUCUCAGCUAAACCGUAUGAAGAUCUCAGGCCAAUUACAGGAUUUUACCAUGGACAAUGCGCAAGAAGUACAAUUAAUGUUUUAAAUAUGGCAAAAAAAGUGAAAUUUCCACAAGUAACCUCUCUCUUACACAAACACCAACAUAUGUAUGCACACAUAUACAUGCUCACAUGUACACACUUCUAUAUGAUACUUGUGCUUUCUACUGUGUAAAUAGUUUUUCAAUGAAAGAAACAAAAGUGUAUUUAUUUUCCUGGUCGUCCAACAUGGAGUCUA